CAUUCAUAUAUUUUUGCUUGCAUGUACACAACCAAGUCUCCUUUCAGCUCUGCUCGCGCAAACCAGAAACCAACAAUCUCGCGACUUUUUUUCCUCUUUAUUUUAGUGUAGAAAAAUCUCGCAAACCUAAGCGAAAACCCAGGCAAAAUUGCAGCAAACUGUCGACGGCUGGAGGGGGGUUGACAAACCCUAAACUGGAUUAACUUCAGCAGCAGAAAUGUGUGCGGAUUAGUGAUUUUGCAAACGCGAAAAGUGCGAAGGAAUUCACGCAAAAAAAGCUACGACGAUUGGCCUGGGGAAGGGAAGGAAGUGUAAUCUGUUUUAGUAAUUAAGGCCAGGAGCAAGGAAAGCAAGUGCUUGUGCAAGGGGGGGCGACCUUAACUGGGGGAUUGCUCGGUUGCGUUCCGUUGAAAGUAAAAGUUACGAAAUGCAGCUAUCCUCUGCCAACUGGGUCGGGGCGAUUGGCCUGGUCCUGCUCGCACUGGUCGUGGGGAACCACCCCUCGGAGAGUGCCCACCUCACGGGGACGUUCGCCGUGGACGGGUUCUUCCAGUUUCUGAUCAAGUUUGGCUUCCAAAAGACGGAGAAGCACUCCCAGAAAAACACCGAAUCGGACACGUUCGGUUACAUCUAUGGCAACAUCACCUCCCCGACGAACUUCACCGUCCCCUUAACUCUGGCGGUCCUAGACAAGCAUAACUUCCUCGAGUACUACGCCAACAGGAAUAAUUUUAACAGGGAUGUGGCUUGUCAGCGGAUGUUCGACAAGUUGGACAAGGUCGCGUUCAAUAGUCGGUGCAACAAGGGGGCGGAAGCGGACUACCUGAGGAGGGUGCCCUGUCCCAGUGGGAAGCUCUGUCCGGAUGAGGAUGCGCCCGGAAAUGUGGUCGCCGGGAGUCAGUUCACGUACGUGAUUAGCGAUCCGAACGUGCCGAGAUUCUGGUACGUCUCGCUGGUGUCCUGCUACCAAAAUGAGACGACCUGCCGGUGGCACUACUACGACUACCGCCGCUACCACGUGGAACCUCCCCAGCUCAACUUCGACAUCCAGCUGGUCAAUGGGAACCCGAACCGGCAGAGCGUGUCCUUCUUCAACCCGUUGCUGUUUCACUUCUCGUUCGAUCGCCAGAACACGCUGGAGAUGUAUCUGAUCUUCUUCGUGAUCUACCUGGUGAUGGUCCCGAUGCAGAUCUACGCCGUGCGGCUGCAGAAGCACCCCGUUACGCGACUCUUCACGGUCAGCUUGGUGCUGGAGUUUAUCAGCGUGUGUCUGCUGCUGACCCACACGGUGCGGUACGCGAUGAACGGGGUGGGGAACGAGAAGUUGGCCAUUAUGGGGGAUAUUUUCGAUAUUUUCAGUAGGACAUCGUUCAUGUUGAUCUUGCUACUGCUGGCUAAGGGUUGGGCCGUCACCAGACUUCAGAUCUCCGUCAGCAGUUGGAUACUGUUGAUGGUCAUCUGGAUACCGUACUGCGCAAUCCACGUUCUUUUGUACAUUUGGAAUAGGACUGAAGUCGAUAUCAUCUCGGAUAUCGACGAGUACCAGACGUGGCCGGGAUGGCUGGUGCUAGCUUGCAGGUCCACGAUGAUGCUGUGGUUCCUGUGGGAGCUCCGCACCACGAUGAAGUACGAGCACUCGACGCAAAAGUUGGACUUUUUGCUGCACUUUGGCGCUUCGAGUCUCGUGUGGUUCAUCUAUCUGCCGAUCGUGGCGAUCAUUGCCGUGAACGUGAGUCCGUUGUGGCGGUAUAAGCUGUUGUUAGGUAUAACGAAUUCAGCCGAUUGUUUAGCGUACUGUGUGAUGAUGGGACUUCUGUGGCCAAAUCGAGCUGGGCAGUACCUGCUGCUGACCGGUUCCAAUUAUUCAGGAAUGGACGAGCUGGACGAGUUCAACGAGGCGCCCCACGUGGUGCACCGCGGUCUCGGCGACUCGGACUCGGUGCUGCGGGUGGCGUGCGACGACGACUACCCGGACGACGAGGACGAGAUCGAAACGCUGGUGCUGAGCACGGACGAUCUGCUGAACAGUGGCAGCGGCGACCAUCCGCCCACGAUAGUGAGCACCGGCGGCAGCAAACCGCUGGUGCUGAACGGGCGAAGUAGGAACCACCUGUAAGUGAAAAGGGAAGGAGGAAGCAGCAUUUGUUUUUAGGUAAGUUUUUAGGGUUAAAGAUUUAAGGCGAAUCAACACUUUUUAAACCCGCAAAUGGGACGAUGACGUGCGACGAUUUUUUGUACAUAUUAGCGAGCGAGAGAGAAACAAAGUUUUUUUAUAUGGUCUCUUGAUAAAACGGAGGAAACAAAAUAUGGCCAACAGUGCGACAUGUGCCAUAAAAGCAAACUAAACUUGUUGUCGCUAGCUUGUAGAGAUAUUGGCUAGAUAAAAUAACCAAAUGCUCCACUUGGACGUAGAACAAAGCAUAAAAAAUAGUAGACGAAAAAAGUAGAGAUUUUUUUUUCGUUCGAUGCAAAAGUAUAAUUACGAUGGCACCUUCCACUAGCUAAGAAAAACGGCGUGUGAUAUAGGAAGAAAAUAGCAAUUACUACGUAGAUUGAGAUAAAGAGAAAAAAGCGAUAAAGUUGUAGCAACCAGUUGUUAUCCACUGUAGACAUUUGGAGGAAUCUAGCAAAUAAUAAAAAAUGAAAAUACUUAAUUGGAUAUGCUCCAAAUUAAUGGCAGUUUACGUUGAUUUCCUAGAUAGUUCAGCAUCUUCUCAACUUGAAAAUUCAGUCAGAUAAGCUGGUGCGUUCGCUAUCAACUCACACAAAUGAAAUAUUUUCAACGAUACUCAACGAUUUGUGGUUUGAAAAAUAUGGAAAAAUCUGAAUCUGCAUUCUUACGCAGUUGAAUACCAGCUUUAGAUGACGGAAAAUAUCAUCUUUUGAGCUGACGCACAAGAUGGUCGAAUGUCAUUUAGAACGUACUGCAGCUUAAUAUGUUGUAGUUUUAGUGCAUCUCUUGGCUAGAAUCUAUGUAUCUAACACCUAGAAAAAAACCGAGAAAGUCGGGGGUCGAUCGGAUGAACCUCAUGUUUGGAAAAUCUCGAUUACAGCUCUUUUGUAAUUCAUUAUUACAAGGAUCUCUAAUUAACUGUUACUUAGGAUUACGUAAUCCUGACUUACACAUCGAUUAAAAUUUGAUGUUACAUUUGUGUAACUCUAAAUUACAUACUGUAGAUUUGUUAUCACUAUCAUAUUUCUUCGUAACAAAAUUGUACAAUUAAUCGAGCAAAGUUGCCCGUCUACUUUUUUCCGCUGCGUCCGUGUCAUGAUCUGCUAGGUGUACGGAUCCCGAUUCCUAAAUAUGAGCCACCAAUCAGUCGACAGGACCUGGCGCUUUGACUUUAAAAUGAGAUUUAACUCGUUUUUUGAGAGUUUUGAGCCCCUCAGCGAUUUUUGCAUUUUUCAUAAACCUUGUGAGCUUAUAUAGUUACAUAGAUUGAAGUAGGCGUCGCGAUGCUCAUGCAACCAAGCAAGCUAAUGGUUGCCAGAACACUCAACCCCCGGUGGUUGGUCACUUUUUCGUUUGACACUUUUUUAGUUUGUAUUGCCCGUAUUCCUGAAAAAGACUCGCGGCAUACCAGCCUCGAAACGACGCGCCGCACUUUCGGCAAAUGCGCGCUGUCAAAUCCCAUACUGCGCGUUUUGUUUUUAUUUAUCUCCUUCUUCGAAUCGCUUGCCAUUGCUGCCAGGUAUGUUUUUUAUUGCACAAAAAGUGCAGAAAAUCGCUGGCAACAAUGUUUAUGGCACAUUCUGAAAUGCCGCGCGGCGU